AGGUCAUUCCUUUAUAAAACAUUAUUUAACUAUUUGAAAAUAAAAUGGAACCUUUGCCAUUAUCAAAUGCUCCAAAGAGUAGUUCUUCAAGCAACGUGAUCGAUAAAGAUGUGCAAGCAAUAUUUUAUCCAUUAAAUGUCAUGUCAGUGCUAUUGUUGCAUCCAAAAUAUGUGAUCAAAAACAACAAAAUAACCCCUUUAAGCAAUGUAAUAAAAAUAUUUACAGUGUGCGUAACAACUUUGUAUUUAUGUCAGCAUGCUCAUAAAUUUUUCAGUGUGGUCUUAGACGAUAAUAUACGGAGGAUCCAGCCUGUUAGCUAUCUCUAUUACGCCACUGGUUCCGAUCUUCUGUUUCUCACUUGGGGCUUCAUCAUGAAUUGUGCAGGCAAUAUUAUUGAUACCAAAAAGUAUGUUGCCUUCAUCCUUAACUUCCAAGAAUCGCAUAGAUUCCUUGGCAGCGCCUGCUAUAAGAGAUUCAUCAUCGUUAAUUGGCUCAGUGUUAUUUCUAUGUUCGGUUAUUUUAUUAGCAGUUCUAUAUACACGUAUAUUACGUUCUUUCAUCCUCCUUGGGGUACUUUAUUCCAUAUGAUGGUGUUGGCUACACUUGAUGCUGAUGCGGUUUAUGCCUGUCGAUUGAUUCUCUUAAUCUCAGAGCAAUUCAUACAGUGGAAUGAACGAGCAUUACUUUUGAAAGAAAAUGGAGAAGAUAAGGAUUAUUGUAGAAAAAUGUUUCAGACUUACGCACAGAUUUUGAAGUGCUAUAAAAUUUAUAGAAAUACAAUGCAGUUCAUGAUUCUUUAUAAGACAGCAGAAUCCAUUAUUAUCGGCUUGGUCGACAUACAGAUUUUGAUUACUUUUGUCAAAUUGGUUGUGAAAGAGAGAAAACCACUUUACGUACAAAUAUUGGUUUAUGCGUGGACAAUAAAGAAUCUGGCGAUACAAACUACGCUCAGUGUGCACCUGGAAACAUUCUAUGGCAUUGCAAAUAAAGUUCAGGACUCCUGUGCUCUCCUUUUGGCUUCAAAUUGUACAGAAGAGAGCAAGAAGUUAUGCAAAAAGGUUCUCCGUCUGCAUCGUACAAUGUUUGAAAAGUUGAACGUUUUUGGCCUCUUCGUCGUGGAAAGCCGUCACGGUCUCCGACUCUUGGCCCUGUUUACCAGUUACACUGUUGUUCUGCUGCAGUUCGCGUUUUUGUAA